UUAUUUCGCAAAAUUGUUUACGAUAGCGCGCUUGAGAUUUCUUUUGCACUCUUAUUAUUGCAAUCAACAACAAUUACAAUAGUACAGGCACAUAUCUAGGCUAGUAAGCAGAAACAAAACCAAAUGGAGCGGAGUCGCAGAGGAAGGAUUCGGCGGAUGCCUUCGCCCGGAUCUGAAAGCGAUGGCUCAACGGCAGAACCCACUCGCAAGAGGAGCAAACAGCAGUUCGUGGCGGAGGCGGAGCCGGAUUUUGUCGAAGAAGAGACAGAGAAAUAUGCGAACGCGUCUACUUCGCAGACGGCAAGGUCUCGGAACAAGCAGGCGCGCCAAACAACUUUAAACAUGUCCCAGCGCUCCGUGAACUUUAAUCUGACGUCAGAGCUAUCGAUACCGAACGCCUUCGAUCGCUGCGGCAAAGUAAUUUCCAUGCGUCUCACGAACUUCAUGUGCCACUCCAAUCUGUUUAUUGAGUUUGGGCCCAAUAUUAACUUCCUGGUUGGCAAUAAUGGCAGUGGCAAGAGCGCUGUAAUCACGGCACUGGCUUUGGGUCUGACCAGCAGCGCUAGGGCAACCAACAGGGCCAGCAGUAUACAGAAGUUAAUCAAGAACGGCGAAGUUAGUGCCACCAUCUCCAUAACACUGUCCAAUUCGGGAUUGCGGCCCUUCAAAGCGGACAUCUUCGGGCCCCACCUUACCGUGGUGCGUCAAAUACGCCACUCCUCCUCGACGUACGAUCUUCAGGACGCUCGAGGUAAAAGCGUCUCGAAGAAAGUGUCCGAUAUUAGGCGCAUGCUGCUCUGCUUCGGCAUCAAUGUGGAGAAUCCGAUUUUUGUGCUGAAUCAGGAGGCGGCGAGGGAGUUUCUAAAAGAAUUGGAGCCAGCAUCGAAUUACAAACUGUUGAUGAAAGCAACUCAACUGGAUGUUUGCACCAGCAGUCUAACUGAGUGCCAUGCCCUGCGACGUCAUUUCACCCAAGAACUGGAACAAUUGGAAAAGAAAAAAGAAAUGAUGAUAAAGCACAUUGCCGCGGAGGAGGAAAAGCUGUCGAUUCUUGAGGAUAAGGAAAUGGUCAAGGAAAACCUACAGCAGUGCAAAACAAAGCUGGCAUGGAUGGCCGUGACUAGUUACCAAAAUGAGCUCAAUAAUCUAGAGCAUUCAAUUAAACUGAUUGAAAACAAGAAGGCCAGUCUGGAGCAGACAACAUCCAAAAAGGAGAGUACGCAAGCCACCAUGAACCAAAAAUUGAAAGAGUUUGAGGCUUCUAAAAAUCAAAUAUUAGCAACCCAAAAGUUCCAGGAUGAAAGGCUUAAAACCGCUAAGAAAGCAGUACAGGAUCUGCUUCUAGAAGCCAGCCAAGUCAAAGCCAAGAUAGGGAACGCAGAACGGCGCAUGCGAGAGGAUCAGCGUUCGUAUGAUGAAUGUGAAAAGCUGAUAGGAAACUAUCAUGCCGACUUUAAUCGGGUUAAUGAGCAGCGGGAAGAAAACGCUAACAAGAUUGAGAUGUUAAAGAAACAAGUAGUCAAAAGCGAGGAGAUCAUCGCCCAGUUGCGAGCAGAGCAGCAGGAGAUUAAACGAGAUAUAACCUCAGUCCAGGAAAGGUUGGACGCUGUAAAAAAUGGAAGAAUACAGCUGCAUAAAUCAAAGCAAAACAUCAGUUGGGAGAUAGAAGCUCUGUCCCGUAACAAGUCCAACAAACUGUCCGUGUACGGUGAGCAAACAAUACAGGUUGUUCAUGCACUGCGAACUCAGUAUGCCGGCUCCAAUAUGCAUAGAAUGCCUCGCGGCCCGCUGGGCCAGUAUAUCAGUGCGCCCAAUCCAAAGUACCGCGACCUCAUCGAGAACCAGCUCAUGCACUGCCUGCGUUCCUUUAUCGUUGGCUCAGACCGCGAGCGCCAGUCGCUGCGGGCGUUGCUGCAAAACAAGUUCCAAGGUGGCAAUAUGCCCACUAUUAUAACCAGUCCGUUUACGGAUCGGGUUUACGACGUGUCUAGGAAUAAGGUGCAACCCACUACUCCAAAUACCACAGUUCUAAUCGAUGAAAUCAGCUGCGAUGAUCCUGUGGUAAUGAACUACCUUAUUGAUAUUCUGCGUAUCGAAACGGUUCUUGUGACGGAGUCCAAGGAAAUUGCCGAAUUUCUCACCUCCGACACUGAGAAUGUGCCGCCCAAUCUAACGCGUGUGCUAGUGCCAAACCUGGGACUGGAGUACAUACCAUCUCCCAACUAUGCCGUCUACUCGACUAGAAUAACACCCGCCCGCUAUAUUCAGAAAAACGUUGAUGAUCGGAUACGACAGCUUCAAAUGGAGCAAAGCGAUCUUCAGGAAAAGGAGCCUUCUUUAGAAAUAGACUACAUGCAACACAAAAAGGUACUGGAAAACACCCAAAAAGUGAUUUCGCAGAAGAGUACUAUGAUUGGUCAGCAUCAAUCAAGGAAUCAGAAGGCGAUGCAGAAGAUAAUGGAGCUGCAAAAUUUUGACUAUCAAGAGCUACCGGAGUAUGAUCGUUUGAAAUCUCAUUUAGCUGAUAGCGGCGAGAAAAUUGAGAAAUGUAGGCUAGAACGGGAAAUGCUGCAGGAAAAACUUCUUAGCAUCCAACAUCGCCAGACAGAACUUGAGUCAACUGAAGCCGAAGAGAGGCGAGCCCUUGAAGGUAUUAACAAAAAGCUUACCGCACUGGACACCGAAGCUGGCGAAGUCGAAAGCAAGAUGCGAAGCCUGGACCUCCACUAUGAAGAAAACACACGUAGAUUCCAGAAAACGUUGCAGUUGGAGAGGAAAAUGCUUGGCGAGAAGGAAACCGUGCUAAGCGAAUUGGAAAAGGCUCGCACCGAGGCCGAGAAAUUGGGAGAGUUCAUAGCGACGACGCAAACGGAGGAGAAAAUACGCGAGGCAAUCAGUCGCUACAAAUCAAAGAUCAAACAGGUGGAGGAGCUGAACUACAAUCCUGAAGAGCUGGAGAGAGGGCUGGCGGAAUUGCGAGACGAAUUGGAACUUCAAUCUCGGCACCUGGCCGUGGUUGACUCCGUGGUCAAGAAGCUGCGCAUGGCCUACCAUCAGCGAGCUCAACUUUUCCAGCGAUCGCGACACCAUUACUUCACAAUGGUUCAGUUUCAGUUUGAGCAAGCUCUUGCUAUGCGACAAUUUAAAGUUAGUUUCGAGACCAGUGACAAGGAGAAGACGUGGAAGAUUAACGUAUUUCCGCCCAGUGGGAAUGAGACUUCCAAUACCAGGAGUUUAUCGGGCGGUGAACGAUCGUUCACGACAGUUUCCUUGCUGAAAGGACUUUGGAGCACUUCAGAUCAUCCGUUCUACUUUUUGGACGAAUACGAUGUGUUUACAGAUGAAGUGAACCGGAAGUUUAUUACGGAAAUUCUAAUCGGCGAGGGUUUGGAGUGGUUAUCGCGUCAGUAUUGUUUUCUGACGCCCCAGGAUACGAAGGUCGAGGCUAGCAAUCUGAUCACUGUGCACAAACUUGAGGCUCCUGAACGGUAACAUUUUAAAAUAGUGUAUUAACUUAAAAGUUGCGGGCGACGAAGCAUCAACACAAACUGUAUUUAUCAGAGUUAAUGAAAACCAGAUUUAUAUUGACG